UACAUUUUUGAAGUUAUUUAAACUUGGGGGACGAGAGGGUAGGGGAAGCAAGAGAGAUGAGACGUCCGUCCAGUAAGACUGGGCCGGGGGCGGACCUGCAGCAGCGAGCUACCAGGCCAGGACCCAGAAGCCGGGCUGGGCGACUCUGACUCUGCGGCAGCUGGAGAGCGGCAGCCAAGGGCGCGCUGAAGCGGACAGACCAAAGGGCGAGCUGCGGGGUCAGCAGGCACCUCAGGAAAGCUCGGGCGCUCUAAUCAGGGCGCCGCCUGAGAAUUCAAUAACCCACUUAUUCUCCUGCCCGUGGCGGAACGUUUGUGAGGCGGAACCAAUAUGUUGUAUGGCGUUGACGGCCGGAAGACUGUUUUGAUAAAGGAUCACCAAUUCUCUGUGAAGGGUUGGUCGGGACAGUUCCGGGACGCAGCUUUUAGGUCUUCGUCUUCAUCUUCGGAUAUGCACCGACAGAAUUUUCGACCCCCGACUCCUCCUUACCCCGGGCCGGGUGCAGGAGGUUGGGGUAGCGGGAGCAGCUUCCGGGGCACCUCGGGCGGAGGCGGACCACGGCCGUCCUCCCCUCGGGACGGGUACGGGAGUCCUCAUCACACGCCGUCGUGCGGGCCUCUCUGUAGGCCCUACGGGAGCAGCCAUUCUCCACGACACGGCGGCAGCUUCCCCGGGGGCCGGUUCGGGUCUCCGUCCCCUGGCGGUUACCCUGGCUCCUACUCCAGGUCCCCCGCGGGGUCCCAGCAGCAAUUCGGCUACUCCCCAGGGCAGCAGCACACCCACCCCCAGGGUUCUCCAAGGACAUCUACACCUUUUGGAUCAGGGCGUGGUAGAGAAAAAAGAAUGUCUAAUGAGUUGGAAAGUUAUUUCAAGCCUUCAAUGCUUGAAGAUCCUUGGGCUGGCCUAGAACCAGUAUCUGUAGUGGAUAUAAGCCAACAGUACAGCAGUACUCAAACAUUCACAGGCAAAAAAGGAAGAUACUUUUGUUAACGUUUCUGAAAUUCAACUGGAAACUUCAUGUGUCAGGAAUACCUUGGACAAAAUUCUCACUUGUGUACUUAAGUUGAACCCUGACAUGGGUCGUCUUGGUAUUUUUCAUCAUAUCAAAUAUCGGUAUUAGGGAAGACAUAUGAUAGGAUAAUAUGCAAUAUUUAGCUCUCCGAAAGUGCCUACCACAUUUUAGAAGAUUUAUAGUUUCCAAAUAUUUAACAUUCUUGGUUAUAUAAAUGGACAUUUGUCUUUUAAUGUUUUAAAAUAAAACAUUUUGUCUAGUUAUAUUGUGGUUUUGUCAUAUGCUAAAGGAGUAGAAUUAUUAAAGUAAUACUUUGUAAUCAGUUAGAAUUCAUCAGUAAAUAUUUGCCUACUACAGCUUUUGAAAAUAAAAUAGGUAAACCAUCCUUAGAACUGUAGACAGUUCUGUAUUUGUUUAUAAUAGGGAAGGAGGAGUAAAGGAAGAGAAUAAAAAAGAUUUCUGUUCCUUAUAACCAUUGUUUUAUGUGCAUAUUUUAUGUGAUGCUUUUGUGAAAAUGCAUUGAAAUUUGAUUGGAAGUUACAGAAACUCACUUAAGCUUAAAUAAAAAAGUUUUUUUAUACUAA